UCACCACGCGAACCCUGCAGAUAGAUGUUGGAGCAACAAAAAUAAGCUCUGCAAGUUGCCUAGGUUCUGCAAAAUCAGCAGGCCCCUGCUGAGACCAAUCAACAACCGCCUUUGAAAGAGAUAGGGGCGCCUUCUUUCCAGCGUGUUGAUUGGUUGUGGCGAGUGGGCGGGGUUACACCCUCUGCCCGGGCUUCCUAUAGGUGAUUGAAAGUUAAAGGUGGGCCUCUGGCUAGGGUGGACCCCAUAACAAGGAAUGCUUUGGGGAUUUUUUUCUUUUUCUUUCUUUCUUUCUUUCUUUUUUUUUUUUUCUUUUUCUUUUUUUCUUUUUCUGCUGAGGAGGCUAAGGCUUUAGGCAAGUUCUAAGUGGGAAACCAGUUGGCAGGAAAGAACUUUCAGCCGAAUUAAGAUGCCAGGUCCUAGGAGAGAAAAGAACCAGGAGUUUCCUUUCAGGAAAGGGUGUCAUUAGAUUUUUCUUCUUGUUCUUUAUUUUUAAUCAGCAGCAAGCACCUAUCCUGCCCCCAAACAUGCCAUCAGAGAGAAGAAAAAUGAUGAUGGGAAGCUCAACAUGCUGUUGGUAUUUUUAAUUUCUUCCAAUGGCUUCUUCAAGGCCAAAAAAACAGCAGCACGGUGCAGUUCUGACUGGCGAAGGGGACUUUCUGUUGAGAAUGAAGUGGUUUCCCUACAAAUCCAACCAACAGGAAAACCACUAUGCCCACAUUUGUCACCCCUUCCCAGCCCUUUUUUGCAAGGCAUAAAACUAUGCUCACCAACUCCACCUAAAACAGAAGGCAAGGUGGACUGGGGAGAUAGCAGCAUCAGUAGCACACCAGACUUUCAUGCUUGAGAUCCCCAAGGUCUCUGGUUCCAUCCCUGGUACCACCACAAGUCAGAACUGAGCAGUGUUCUGGUUUUUUUAAAAAAUAAAUAAACAAAUAAACUGGAGGCAAGGAGCCCAGGCGCACGGGGGUUGUACCUGCCCUCUGAUUCUGCCCCAAGAUAAAAGAGGAAGGUUGGAAAAGUCUUUCUGGACCCAGGAUCACAGGAGCAGCCAAGAGCAGCAGCGUGGGCAAGAUGGGCUGGUGGAAGAGCCUGCUCCAAGCAAGAAACCUGCUCUUGGUCAUCUUGGUGCCGCUGCUGCUGCUGCCCCUGCCCAUUCUCCACCCCAGCAGCGAAGCCUCCUGUGCCUAUGUGCUGAUCGUGACCGCCGUGUACUGGGUAUCUGAGGCGGUGCCUCUGGGAGCUGCAGCCCUGGUGCCUGCCUUCCUCUACCCGUUCUUUGGAGUCCUCCGCUCCAGCGAGGUGGCAGCAGAAUACUUCAAGAACACUACACUGCUGCUGGUGGGCGUCAUCUGCGUGGCAGCCGCUGUGGAGAAAUGGAACCUGCACAAACGCAUUGCUCUGCGCAUGGUCAUAAUGGCCGGAGCCAAGCCAGGCAUGCUGCUGCUCUGCUUCAUGUGCUGCACCACGCUGCUGUCCAUGUGGCUGUCCAACACGUCCACCACCGCCAUGGUCAUGCCCAUCGUGGAGGCUGUGCUGCAGGAGCUGGUCAGUGCCGAGGACGAGCAGCUUGUAGGCGGCAGCGGCAGCGCCGAAGAGGCGGAGCCCAUGAGUCCAGAUGCUCACCACAGACAACCCUCUCUGGAGCUUAUCUUUGUCAAUGAAGAAUCACCGACCGCAGACCUCGAUUCUCUGAUGCAGAACAAGAACCUGAAUGGCGUGGCCACAAUCACCAGCCCUGCCAGAACAGCGAGGCACCAGGGCAAGAAACAGCCCCUAUCCCAGGAAAGGCCACACACGCUGACUCCCGGCCCCAGGAGCCAGGAGCUCAAGAGAAAGUACAAGUCCCAGCAUGACCAGAUGAUCUGCAAGUGCCUGUCCCUGAGCAUCUCUUACGCAGCCACCAUCGGAGGCCUGACCACCAUCAUCGGCACCUCCACCAGCCUCAUUUUCUUGGAGCACUUCAACAACCAGUACCCGGCCGCCGAUGUUGUCAACUUCGGCACCUGGUUCCUCUUCAGCUUCCCCAUCUCCCUCAUCAUGCUGGUGGUCAGCUGGUUCUGGAUGCACUGGCUCUUCCUAGGCUGCAAUUUUCGAGAGACCUGCUCUCUGAGCAAGAAGAAGAAGACCAAAAGAGAAGAGGUGUCUGAGAGGAGAAUCCAAGAGGAGUAUGAAAAGCUGGGUGAUCUUAGCUACCCUGAAAUGGUGACUGGAUUUUUCUUCAUCCUCAUGACAGUGCUGUGGUUCACCCGGGAGCCUGGCUUUGUGCCCGGCUGGGAUUCUUUCUUUGAGAAGUGGACAACAUGUCAGCAGGGAUCAAGGAAAGGCUACCGGACAGACGCCACUGUCUCCAUCUUCCUGGGUUUCCUGCUCUUCCUCAUCCCUGCAAAGAAGCCUUGCUUCGGGAGGAAGAAGGACGAGGAUGACCGGGAAGCCUCACUGAGGAUGGAGCCCAUCAUUACAUGGAAGGACUUCCAGAAGACCAUGCCCUGGGAGAUCGUCAUUCUAGUGGGAGGAGGCUACGCCCUGGCUUCGGGCAGCAAGAGCUCUGGCCUCUCCACGUGGAUUGGGCACCAGAUGUUGUCCCUGAGCAGCCUCCCGCCCUGGGCCGUCACCCUGCUGGCGUGCAUCCUGGUGUCUAUUGUCACAGAGUUUGUGAGCAACCCAGCCACCAUCACGAUCUUCCUGCCCAUCCUGUGCAGCCUGUCUGAAACGCUGCACAUUAAUCCGCUCUACACCCUGCUCCCAGUCACCAUGUGCAUCUCCUUUGCAGUGAUGCUGCCCGUGGGCAACCCCCCCAACGCCAUCGUCUUCAGCUACGGGCACUGCCAGAUCAAAGACAUGGUGAGUCAGACACCCACUAGAGCGCCACUGCUAGGGAAGAGGUUGGGGAUUUGUCCAGAAGCACCAAGAGUAGCGAUCACAUACCCUCCCCCACAUUCUGCCUCACUAGGGCUGACAGAGCAGCACACUUGGAUAAUGCCCUGCUUUGCCUUAGUCACAACCCAGAUGUAAGCCUGCUGCCCAUGACAUUGCAGGAAG